AGAUUCCAAACAACGAAUAGGCUGCAAAUAUUCAACGGAUGAUUAGUAGUCGACUAGGGACGUCUGCCCUCGGCCGCACUCACCAAAGGGAAAACAGAACUGCUCGUGAAGGAAGUAGCAGAACCACAUGAUGGGAACAGCGGCGAAGUAGGUCACGACCAGCUUGCACUUCAGCCUGUAGGGCAGCUGCUGCUGGGACUCCUUGCCCUCGCAGAUAUAGUAUUUGUGGCAAAAAAAGGAUCCGGCCAGCAGGAUGGCACCAGAGACGAACAGAGAGAUGGCCACCGCUCUGUGAAGCGUCGAUUCGCCCGCAAUAUUCGGAUAUAUGCCCCACAGAAAAAAACUGAAUGAAUUCUGCACGAUUAGCAAAGCCACCAGGCAGCCAAAGGAGCGCACCUGGCGCGGAAGAAUUCGUCGAUAGUAGCGAAAGUAAAGCCAGCCGGUCAGCAGACCUAACGGCAAGUUCAUGCAGCAGGUUAGCUGCCAGCCAGUGUGCUGGGACCUGGCCACUGCCGACAGGGAUGGAAACACGUUCAGCCUCGUGCACUUGGUGUACGUGCUUCCCUCAUAGUCUGUGAGGAUUGCCAUUAAGAGGUAGAACAUGCUUGAGAUCGGUACAAACGCGUGGCCAGCACCGAGCAAAGGGGCAACCCGAAUACGGACUCGGCUCUUGGGCUGGACAUCCUUCACGGAAAUCGGCAGUUCUAGAAUCUGGUGCAUGGCGUUGUCGUUAAUAAAAUCAAGUACCAAAUGCGAAGUGCCAAACCCAAUUGAGUUCAAAGCCAACUGGGUUAAUUAUUUGUAAAUGUUUCGGUUUCAACACAAUCCAAUAGAAAUUCAAUAGAAAAAGUUUGACAUGCACACAUAUAGACAUAGAAUUGAGCUAAAUUUCGAUGUAAAACCUCUGAGGAAUAUGCUUAAAUGUAAAAUAUAAAACCACCCGAUGCGGACAUGUGUAAGCUUAUGUCUCUAAUAGAACCAUCCGAUGCUGGUCGAGCCAGCCGCCUUAAAGCCAUCUAAAUACAAAAAUAUGUGUAUAAAUUAUUAGUGCAAUGCAAUGAUCUCAUGACUGAUCUUAGGCCGUUUAGAGCAUCGGAACGAAAAUCGGAGCGAAAAUCGGAGCGCAUAAAAAACGCCAAUUUGCAACAAUAUUAACAUCGAGGCUCGUAUCGUUUCGUGGCAAGAGUUAUAUCGAUUCAUUGUGCCGGCAGUACACAUCUCUAGCUGACACUAAACAAAACAACACGCGCAAAAAAAGGAAAAAAAAUAGUUUUUGUUUAUGCAGUAAGUGUCGCAUCAGCAUCGUCAUGGACAUACUUUUGGCCAACGUGAACAGCCUGCAGUUCAAGGCGGAGCGGGAUCUCAUCGAGCAGGUGGGUGCCAUCCCGCUGCCGUUCUAUGGCAUGGACAAGUCCAUUGCGGCCGUCUGCAAUUUCAUCACAAGAAGUGGCCAGGAGUGCGACAAGGGUAGCGCGUGCCCGUUCCGGCACAUACGUGGCGACCGCACCAUCGUGUGCAAGCACUGGCUGCGCGGCCUCUGCAAGAAGGGGGACCAAUGCGAGUUCCUGCACGAGUACGAUAUGACAAAGAUGCCCGAAUGCUACUUCUACUCCCGCUUCAAUGCCUGCCACAACAAGGAGUGCCCGUUCCUGCACAUCGACCCGCAGAGCAAGGUGAAAGACUGUCCCUGGUACAAGCGAGGCUUCUGCCGCCACGGGCCCCACUGUCGCCAUCAGCAUCUGCGGCGCGUGCUCUGCAUGAACUACUUGGCCGGCUUCUGCCCGGAGGGACCCAACUGCAAGCACAUGCAUCCGCGGUUCGAGCUGCCGCCCCUGGCGGACCUCAGCAAGGAUCAGCUACACAAGAAGCUUCCUACAUGCCACUACUGCGGCGAGCUCGGUCACAAAGCCAAUUCGUGCAAGCAAUACGCGGGUAGCCUCGAGAACCGCAACAAUAUCAAUGCUAUGGACCACAGUGGCGGCGGCGACGGCAACGACGACGGCCCUCUCAGUCAUCCGCCUCCGCCUUUUUUGAAAAUACCAACGCCGCUGGAGGAGAUCACCUGCUACAAGUGCGGGCACAAGGGCCACUACGCCAACAAGUGCCCCAAGGGCCACCUCGCGUUUCUCUCAAAUCAACAUAGUCAUAAAUAGUGCCUAGUGCCGUGGUUAUUGGUAUAUGUAAGUUGUAAGAGUUCAGUAUGUAGAGCAGAAUAAAAAUCCCGUCAAUCAGCCAGAGGGAAAGAAAAA